AUGCACGCUCUUCGGCUUCUGCCCCUGGCGGCGGGUACAGUCGCCUGUCUUUCCACGGCCGCCAUGCUGGCCGUUCACCUGAUCCUUGCCGUCCACCUCGCCCGAGCCCCGUCAGUUCGCAUCACGUCGAUUGUGUCAGGGUCAUUGGAUGGCGUUCUUUUGGUUGUUCUGGGGUUGGGACUGUUCCGCGUCGUGAGACGUAAUGGUUCGAUCCGCCAAUUUAGGAUGUUGUCUGGGGUCAGCGCUCUUCUCUGCGCAUUGGCAGCCGCCACCUCCGUCGCCACUACCGUUAUGCUCGGCAAUGCACGAGCCGGCUCGGCCCUUUCCAUCCUGGGCGCCAGCCGGGCCACUCUCUUGAUCAUCUCGGCUGUCCUUCUGGGCGUGAGCGUCCUUUGCCAGCUCUUGUUCAUCAUUUCGCUCUACAGCAGCAAGUCCACGAUGACCGGACGAGGAAGAAGGGAAGAGUACGGUAAUCGGCUUCAGGCGAACAUCAAAGCCGUUCGAUACAGCCGCACCAUCGAGGUACAGGUCUUCCCUAUGGAUUCCACCGCGAAGGAGUCUUCCCCCACCCCUCCGCCAUCGAGCAGCGGCAAGUCAGCAGCAGAGACGAUGAAUUCUAGUUACGCCGCUCGCUCCAUCACCUCCAGGACCCGGCUCCUUUCACUGCGAGAGAAGAACCACACCCACUCGUUCGACUCGCAAUCAUACAGAGAAGGCAGCACCAUGACCGUAGACAGCUUCGACUCGUGGGACGUUCCGGGCAUGGACCACCUCCCUAGCCGCCUCAGCGCCGCCCAGGGCUCGGCAACGCCCACACAACCACACCGUUUCCUCGAACCCAUCCCGGCCAGCCCCACCACCAGCAAAGUCGCCGGCCCCGGAACAACCGUGGAGGACCUCGAACUCCCGCCGCCCGGCGUGCGCCGCAGGAGCAGGAGCUACAGCCCCGCCAGACGACCCCAACGCGACCCGUCCCUCCCGGAACCUCCGGGCGAAGCGCACAUCCACCCGCUCUUCCGGACCGACUCGCCGAUCCCACCCCCCAACGUCACCCCCGGGACGGUAGUGACGGCGGCGCCCGAUGCCGGCCGGGUGAUCUCGGACCGGCAGAGCGCGCGGCGCAUGCGCAGCGGCAGCCUGCCCACCACGCACGGGGGGCCCGGCCUGUCCAGCAAGAAGAACAGCUUCGACACGUUCAGCAGGACGGCUUCGGUUAUGGAGAUGGAGGAGGAGGCCGGGGAGGGGGAGGGGGAGGGGGAGGCGACGAGCGAAAGGGUCAUGACGCCUCCUAUUCCCGAAUGGAUCCUGAGCGCGGGUGCGAGGUCGAGCUUGGGUGUGUACGAGAGCCGAAAGCUGAAGGUGGGGGUGGGGGUGGUGGUGGUGGAGAAGAAGGACGGAGCGGCGACCACGACGGCUGGCAAGAAUGACCAGCGGUAG